AUGAUAACGCCAACCAAGCUGAACGUGGGAGUAGUUGGCAUUGGCCGUAUGGGCCAGUCGCAUGCCCUGAACCUGCUUAAUAAGACACCUCGUGCCGAUUUGCUCUGCGCUUGUUCGCCAGCAGAGCAGGAUCUCAGAUGGGGGAGGGAGCAUCUGGCACCCCAUGGGGUCAAGUUGUACGCCACCUUUGAUGAGACGAUUGAGACACCGGGCCUUCAGGCCAUUAUCAUCGCCUCAUUGUCUGCCCUGCACGCCGAACAGACAAAGGCAGCGCUCGGCAGGGGCAUUCAUGUCCUGUGCGAGAAGCCCGUCUGUACUACAGUGAAGGAGUAUGCCGAGGCGAAUCUUUAA